AUGAACCACAGUCAACUUUCUCCUGAUACUUCGUCAACUUUGUAUAUACACCUUUGUGGAAAAGACACCAUGGUAUGUAAUGUUCAGGCCGGAAUUGGAAAAUAAGCAUGCACGGGACUAACCGGUUUUUUAUAGGCGCUUGAUAAACUAAUUGGUCUCCAGAUGCUUGCCGUGGCUACGUUUGUAUUCGUCUACUAUUCGACUUGGGUCUUUGUCUUGCCGUUUGUCGAUGAAGACUCCGCUGUGAAUAAGUUUUUUUUACCAAGAGAUUACGCUAUAAAGUUGCCAUUGUUGCUAUUGCUAAUUGGUGGGCUUGGUGUUGGCACGUUUGUUGGAAGAGUGUUGAUCAAGAAUCUGCAGAAACAAAAGAGUAAGAAGAAAACGCAGUGA